GCCCGAUGCUAGCCCCGUGCUGCCUGCCCAUGCCUCCGAGGGUGGGAUCCCGCUGCCUGGUGGUGCUCGGGCAGAGCAGCCCUGUCUGCAGCUGGACCGAAGUCGUCCGCAGAGGCGGACGGACCGCGAAAAGCGGGAAAGCUUUAGGCCCGCCCACAGGCCGGCGCUGCCAAUCAGGGCCGGGGGCGUGGCUCCGGCCGGGACUUCACUGCACUGCGGAGGAGCCAGGCAGGCAAGCUGGAAUCCACACCCCGUACGGCUUAAGUCCUUUUGCCUUUCAUCGGAAGGAGCUGGUGAACAGACUGCUGCACCUGCACUUCAGGGAUGACAAAACCAAAGUCAGUGGGGACGCCCUGCAGCUUAUGGCGGAGCUCCUGAGGAUCUUCGUCGUGGAAGCAGCUAUCCGUGGGGUGCGGCAGGCCCAGGCAGAAGACAUGGCCCUGGUGGACGUGGACCAGCUGGAGAAGGUGCUUCCUCAGCUGCUCCUGGACUUCUAAGGUACCCAUCUCCCCCAGGAAGCCAGUACUCCCCUGCAAGCUGCUGAGCCUCCUGUGGCCCGAAGGGUCUGGGCUAGAUCCAUACCAGCGUUGAUACCUGGUCCCAGUACUGUCCGUUAGCCUCUGAAGGAUGACAAGAUCCUGGCAGCUGCUGCCUUCCUAGCAUCCUGCUUGUGGCUCAUGGGCCCCUGGGAAUGGUCCUGUGGGUCCUAGGGAAGGCAGGUGCAGCGGGGAGGAGGGCUGGUCUGUCUCCGCGCUGCAGCCGCCCUAGAUAGCCCAUGUGUUCUACAACCCAACCAGCUGCCUUGCCACAUCAAAGCUGGUGUGUAGUUUGUUAGCCACCCGAUAUUCCCUGAGCUAUAAACUUUGUCUUCACAAAGCAACACCAAUAAAUUAACACCUGUCUUGUA